UUGGCUAAUGAAAUACGCUGCCCUACAACACUACCGCGCGUGCUGGAAAAAAACGUGCGCGUUCGUUCGUCGCAUUUUUGUGUAAUAAUUCCUGAAUUCCGGGUACUCCCGCCUCCGAAUCCGACUCCCCAAAGAUGUGGCCGCGAUUUGGCAUCAAGAUUGGCAACAGCACGCUGUGCAUCGCCCACGUGCGCGCGGACGGCAAGGCGGAGGUGAUCGCCAACAAGCAGGGCGACCGAGUGUCCCAGGCAUGCCUUCUCUGGGACGGCGUCUCGGAAAUCGAGUGCGGGCUCACGGCCAAGCAGAAGAUGGCCACGCGCCCGCGCCAGGCGGUGGCCCACAGCUUCCAGCUGCUGCAGCCCAAGGAACAGAUCACGGAGGAGAAGCUGGCCAGUGCGCUACGGGAAAUCCCCUGCGACUUUGACAAGGAGGAGCUGGUGUUCCGCAUGGAGCACACGGUACCCUCCGAAAAGGAGGACCAAGAUGAUCGAGUCGUUACCAAGGACCUCAGUGCCUACCAGGUGACGGUGGAGCUGCUGCGCGCUGAACUGGAGCUGGCCCACCAAUACCACACGGACGGGGAACAGGCGCCCAUUGCCGUCCUCUCCAUACCCAGCUACUAUCCUGCCCAGGCCUACAAACUGCUAGCGGAAGCAGCCGAAACCGCAGGCUUCCACGUGGCCCAGAUUAUCGCCGAGCCCACAGCCGCCGUUCUAGGUUACAGCAUCGGGGAGGAGCAGGCGGAACAGCGCCGUCAUGUGCUGACCAUCAAGUGCGGUGGCCUGUACAGCGACUUUGCCUUAUACGCCGUGCAAAACGGACUGUUCGUUCAGCUGGCCACUUUUGGACCCUUCCCCAUUGGCGGCCGUCAGUUCACCGAGGCCCUGGUGCAGUUCAUCUGCGAGGAAUUCCGCCGCAAGUAUAAGCUGGAUCCACAUGAGUCGCGUCGCUCGGUGGCCAAAAUCCGCACCGCCGCCGCCAACUGCAAACACAUCCUGACCACGAUGCCCUCCACGCAACUGUAUAUCGACUCCCUGAUGGACGGCGUUGACUUCAAUGCCCAGAUGUCGCGCGCCCGCUUCGAGAGCCUCAUCCAGCCGGUGAUCAACAACCUCAUCCAACAGCUGGGCGAAUGCGUAGAGCAGGCGCAAAAGGAGCAUCCCAGCCUGACCAGCAUAGAUGACAUCGUGCUUCUGGGCGCCACCAUGCAGAUCCCCAAGCUUCAGGCGGCCGUGGGAGCCCGCUUUCCGGACGCCAAGCUGCACAACAGCCAUUCGGCGGACGAGGUGGUGGCCAUUGGGUGCGCCCGCCAAGCCAACUGCUUGAUUGAACCUCUCGAACAGCAGCUGCACAAGGACGACGACUGUGUGGUUUCCGAGGAUGAUCUGUACAUCUGGCACGGCAAUGACGAGGCCAACGCCAAGUUGGUUCUGGGCAGAGGGAGUGUUCUGCCCGCCAAGAUAAGAAUAUCACUGCCUCGAUCUGAAGAGGGAAAGGGUGACGAAGAGGGCAAGGGAGCCGCUUCAUUUAAGCUGCGCACUGGAGAGAGCGAGAUAUUGGCCCGCCUGCCCGAUAGCACGACGCCGGAGGAUGGCCUCUAUCAGCUGGAGGUCGAGGUGGACCUGGACGAUAAGGACGGCAACGUGGUGCCGCUGGUGCGACUGCGCUGCAUGUGAAAGCCGGAAUUUGACCCGGAUCCUGUGCGCUGUCGCCUAGUCUAUUUAUUGUUGCUAGCCUAAUGAUUACAAUACAAACACAAAAUAAAGAUAAAUACGAAAGCGGCAAACGAAAA